UGCGCAGUCGCUGGCUGUGUCCAAUUUAAGGACUUCGCGGACUUUCUAAUUUGGACAGCAUUCGCGCGGCGCGAUAACGUCCUGCAUCCCACAAAUGCGGAUUUUAGGCUGCGCACAGACCCUGCGCAGUAGGCGCCAACCACUAGGAAGUAGGCGUCACAAGCGCGGCACAAUCUUUUCCGGGUUAUAGUUGAAGUCAACAUAGCGACUCAAAAAUGAUUCAGCUUCAUUUCACUAAGGAACUUUUACCAGAUUCUGUCAGCAACGACUUUCAGAACCUGAACAAAUUCAACGAGCAGCAAUUUAUUCGCCUGGUGGAAAUACUGUUCCAGUUUUUGUUAGAGCCAAAAGAGACAGAGAAGUUCAUGCAGCAGCUGAGUGAAUUUGCAGGUGAAAACAGGAUGAGUGUUGGCCCGCUGAAAAGCCUCAUGAAGAGCAUCAUCCUUGUGCCACAAGGUGCAAUGAAGAGGAACCUGACGUGCGAGCAGCUCAAAGAAGACCUGCAGACGUUAGGACUUCACGAAGACAAGGCAUCACACUUUUCCCAACAGUGGGCGGAGCAUAGCGCUGCGCUGUCCAGACUGGCCGUGAGACAAACGCUGAUGGUCAACCAGCUGGUGGACAUGGAGUGGAAGUUUGGAGUGACUGUCGGCACCAGUGAGAUCCACAAAGUGAGCAACAUCUUUCUGCAGCUAAAACUGGUGGUCCGCAAGGGGAAUUCCACAGAGAACAUCUACAUGGAGCUGACACUCCCUCAGUUUUAUAACUUCCUCCACGAGAUGGAACGAGCCAAGGCCAGCAUGGACUGUUUCAGCUGAGUGUGUGUGUGUGCGUGCGUGUGUCUUUCAUGUACAUUUCAAUGUUGUGUGAGCCGCGACACAUUUCAAUUUGAAUAGAGACAAUCCAGCAAUACUGUAUGACCAUGUCCACAUUAACAGGUGCAUUUUGAAAAAACAGACAUUUUCUGUGCUUUUUUUUUUUUUGGCCUCGUCUGCUGGAAAACUGGAUUGGAGGUCACUAAAAGCUGACUUUUUAAAGAGUGACAUAUUUUUUUUAACUCUUUUUAGCACAACAGAGCCUCAACAGAGUUUAACAUAAUGCAUUUUGACAUCUGAGUUGCCAAUUCAACACCACUUCCUAUGUUAUUCUAUUCGAAAUAGAAAUAGUCUGUUCCAGGGUCAGGCUGGCCAUCAUAAACUUUAAGUCUACAGGCAAUGUUUUAAGUAACAUUUUAACUGUCACACGAGUGUAUAAAGAAGUGAAGCAGUGUAUAACAAAGCUAUAUUAAAGUAAAACUACUCACCAUUAAUCGUUGUAAAUAUUCAGUCAACUGCACCACAACACCUAGCAAAACUGCAACACAUUAAUCCAAUGUAAUUGUAAACGAUAAAUUGCUUUUUUUUAAAUAAUCAUAAAUUGCACUGUGUGAAAAAGUGAUUGACUAAACCUAAUAAGUGGUUGGCCCCCCUUAGCAGCAACAACUGCAAUCAAGCGUUUCCGAUAACUUGCAAUGAGUCUCUUACAGCGCUGGGGAGGAAUUUCGGUCCACUCAUCUUUGCAAAAUUCUGGUCAUUCAGCCACAUUGGAGGGUUUUCCAGCAUGAAGCGCCUUUUUAAGGUCAUGCCACAGCAUCUAAAUAGGAUUCAGGUCAGGACUUGGACUAGACCACUCCAAAGUCUUCAUCCAUUCAGAGGUGGACUUGCUGGUGUGUUUUGGAUCAUUGUCCUGCUGCAGAACCCAAGUUGCUUUCAGCUUAAGGUCACCAACAGCGGACAUUCUGCUUCAGGAUUUUUUGGUAGACAGCAGAGUUCAUAGUUCCAUUUUUUCACUGCAAGUCGUCCUGAAGCAACAAAACAGCCCCAGACCAUCACACUACCACCACCAUAUUUUUGUAUGAUGUUCUUUUUCUGAAAUACGGUGUUACUUUUGUCUUUUGGACUAACUUUUGUGUCAUCAACGUUCAACUUUUGUCUCAUCAUACCACCCCUGAACACUCCGUAGCCCCGCCACUGCUCUCUCUUUGAGGUGCAGGUAGACCACAGAGUCUUGACCUGAAGGAUUAGCCCGUCUGUGUUGUGACAUGCGCCUGCUCAGUGGGCGCGGUCCGCAGGGGCACCGGUCUCUGUAAAGAAGCCCAGACUUCCUAAUCCCCAGCCACCUCUUCCUGUUCCACCAGGGGGACACCAAGGCGUUCCCAGGCCACCUGCGAGACAAUCCCUCUGGCUUGUCCAAGGUCUACCCUGGCAUCUCCUCCUGGCUGGGCAUGCCCAGAACACCUCACCAGGGAGGCGUCCAGGAGGCAUCGGGACUCUAGCUCCCGGAUGACCAAGCUCCUCAGCCUCUCUCUUAGCGUGACUCUCUUAGCCAAAAAGAUUCCUGACCCCUGCCCCAAACCCUAAAGUUCCAGUGGGUGUCUUGUUUUGUAGAGCACAUCGAGCCCGAAAUUUCAAAUGUUUACCAACAUUACAUUAAUAAUGCUAUUUGGAAAUAGCAGAAGGGACACGUACGACCAAAUACAAAUUAAUGGGGUGGACAUUGAAGAAGUGAAAGAAUAUAAAUUCCCGGGGGUCAUAAUAGACGAAAAAUGAGUUGGAAAUCUCAUAUUAAAUAUACAGAACAAAAGGUGGCAAGAAAUAUUUCUAUAUUGAAUGAAGCAAAAUAUGUUCUUGAUCAUAAAUCACUCCACACUCUGUACUGUUCCUUCGUAUUAGCAUAUUUAAUGUAUUGUGUGGAGAUAUGGGAAAUAAUUACAAAAGCAAUCUUCACACAUUCACUGUACUGCAAAAAAGAUGGUGAAGAUCGUUCAUAAUACCGAGUAUAGACAACAUACAAACCUUUAUUUUUAAUAUCACAUAUUAGUGAGGAUCAUUCAUAAUACCAAGUAUAGACAACAUACAAACCUUUAUUUUUAAUAUCACAUAUUAGUGAGGAUCAUUCAUAAUGCCAAGUAUAGACAACAUACAAACCUUUAUUUUUAAUAUCACAUAUUAGUGAUGAUCAUUCAUAAUAUCAAGUAUAGACAACAUACACACCUUUAUUUUUAAUAUCACAUAUUAGUGAUGAUCAUUCAUAAUACCAAGUAUAGACAACAUACACACCUUUAUUUUUAAUAUCACAUAUUAGUGAGGAUCAUUCAUAAUACCAAGUAUAGACAACAUACAAACCU